AUGACGACAAUGUACGGCACAAUCCCCACAUCAGACUUCUAUGCCGACCGAUUGGACAGAGUCAGAUCAGAUCUUGGCAAAAGACGCCCAUGGAAUGAAAUGCUCUCUUCCUUUUCAUUCCCUGAUGGCUUCCAACACUCGCUCUCGCGCAUCAACACCAAUGUGGCAUAUUUCCACAUGAACUAUGCCAUGAUCGUUCUCUUUGUGCUUUUCCUCAGCUUAUUAUGGCACCCUGUCUCGCUCAUCGUCUUCACUGUCGUGAUGGUUGCAUGGCUUUUCCUCUAUUUCCUUCGCGAUGACCCGAUCGUUGUUUUUGGUUAUGCUGUGGAUGAACGCGUGGUCCUGACCAUUCUGUCCAUUUCUACGGUGGUUUUGUUGGUGACUCGCACGACCCUGAACGUGGUGGUGGGGGUUGCUGUAGGGUUGGCGGUGGUGGUGGUGCAUGGGGCGUUUAGGAUGACUGAAGAUUUGAACGUGUAUGGGAACGAAGGUGUUGGAGGGCCUACGAGGCUGGAUUUAAUGGAGACUGCUGCUGCUUCUUUUUCUUCAUCUUCGUAA